UACAAUUAAUCAAAAUGACCAGCUUGAAUACGUAUUUUAAUUAAAUGCGAUACAAUUAUAUGUUACAAUAAAUCAAUGCCUGCUCAAACAGGCUAUAAGAAGAAAAAAUGUAGAAAUAAUGAUAUUGACUUAUGUCCGACUCAAAAAUAUGUUUUACACAGUUGCUGCCUAAUGAACGAAAGACAACAAUAAUAACAAACUCACAAUCGCUAAAUAUGUUUAAAUUUUCUUGAAAUGUAUAAAAAACAAUUGAAUGGUUAUAACGGACAACUUUAUGUUGGUCCCACAAUCUGUAUAUAUGUAUUACGGUUAUAAUGAUACCUUGGAUGCGUGAAAAAAUUGCAGAAAAACGUGCAAAAUGGUUAGCACGGAGCAACAGAACCGCAAAAGAAAAAAAUUUAAUAAGGAGCGGAUGCGAUAAUGAAGACGCUUUACCGGCGGAUGCGGCUCAUAUCGAAAGAAAUCAAGACAAUCUUAGCACAACAGAACAAAACAAUACAAUUGUCGAGCAGGAUUGUGCUGCACAAUGUAGAAUUAAAACUUCAUACAUUGCAUCUAAUUUAACUUUAAACAAGUUACCAAGGAAUUCUCUAUUGAGACGUUCACGACGUAGUAUAUCAUCUUCAUCGUCCAGUUCCACGAACAAUUCAUCAAGUAAUUCAAACGAUACCGUAAGUGACACAUCACUAACAAAUGAGCGUGUUCGAGUUCGAAUAAUAUGCCCUAGUGCUCGUAUACUUAUUUAUCAGACUGAUGUUAAUAAGCAUCUCUUAGAGAUUAAAAAUGAAAUUAUUAUGGAGUUAUCUGAUGACAUGGCUGCAGUGCAACUGUUUUCGACUGAUUUACGUUUAGUUGCUCCACGAUACAGACUAUUUCGAGCAGAAUUCGAAGGUGUAGAAUUAGACGAAAAUCGAACUUUGAAAUCACUCAACAUAAAAAAUAAUGAUACACUUGUAUUGGUUAUUAAAAGACAUUUCUUAGCAAAUAAUAUGCCUAGUGCAAAGGAUAUGACUCCCCCACGACUGUAUGAGGUUGAUAUGGCAACGAGAAACCUUCCCUAUCGUGUAACAAAUCUACCAAUGAUUGAUGUUAAUGAAAUAUUCCAACAGGCCAAUUUGCAUUUUGAAGUACGAAAAGUUUUAAUAUCACUUGCGCAAGUUUCUGCUAUAAUAGUUGGUGCAAGUCCAUAUGCCGAUCGAAUUAUAGCCAUGCUGAAACAAAAACUUAUAAAUAAACUAAAUGACGAAAAUGAUAUACUGCAGUGCCUUGUUGACAUGGGUUUCACAAAGGAAAGAUGUGAAUAUGCUCUAAAGACUCACAAUGGUGUUUAUGCUUCGGCCUUAGAAUGGUUGAUUCAAACUCAAAACGAUGAUUUGUCAAGAGUAGAAGAAGUCAUGGGUCUUCAGAAAAGUCAAUCAAUUAUGUCCCCCACAAAUAUAGUAACAAAUAAUGAUGUUUUAGAGAAUAUAGCUGCACUUUUGGAAAUUGUUCGAAUAUUUAGUCAUCGUGAUAUGCCACCCAAGCCAGAUACAGUGAACGAGAUCACUGAAAUGGGUUUUGAACGGAAUGAAGUGUAUGCCGCUUUAAAAAAAACUUGUAAUAACAAAGGUGCUGCUUGUGAGUGGCUAUGUGGCAUACGCAGUCCCAGUUUACUUGAACUAAAGGAAGGCUUAGCGCAAGAUUCUCCGUUACUUCAAUCAAUUUUAGAAAUGCCCCAAGUUCAAAUGAGUUUGGGAAAUCCAAAAAUACUUUUAACAUUUGUAUCCAUACUCGAGAAUGAAAGUCUGUUGCGUUUGUGGGGUGGAGAUAGUGAUUCUAGCUCAGUUAUAUCUAACAUACUUCAAAGAUAUCAUGACGUAAAACAUGCUUUAGGCAUGAAUCAAUUUUAUGCAAAUCGCUUUGAAAAUAGUAGCUAAUAAAUUGGCACCUGUAAUUUGUAAAAAGCGGUUAACACACAAAACUGUUUUUGACAACUAUAUAUGGACAACAACCUGAAUGAAGCUAUCCUUAGUGGAAUUAGUGAAAUUUUUUUUUAGUUUUCUAAUAAAUAUAAUCUUGAUAUAUUUGUAUGCAGAUAAUAAGUUCAACUUGCAAAGUUGCUUUAGAGCACAAAAUUUGUAAAUAAAUUCAUA